AUGACGUCGAACACGAAAUCGUUGCGCAUCAGGCCGACUCCGUGGGCUCCCGCCUCAUUGGCGAGAAUCGAUGGCGUCCGCGUUCAGGCCGCUAAUAAAACUAUUUCGAUGACGAGGCCCAGCGUCGUGGCGUUUAAGCAGGUUUUACUCAGCCCGUCGAUCUGGUUGAUAGGCUUCGUAAGAAUAUUCCCCAUAGGCUUUUCCCUCUCAGCCUCUGAUUGUUUUUGUCAGUCCAACUCAGUUCCCUCCUCCUUCGAAGCCGCUAAAACUAUGCUGCUCAACCGAUUGAAGACCGGCCUGGCCGAUAGCUGGAAAUUAUCGAUGCCAGAAUGA